UUCCAGAAUUAGACUUGGGAAAGAAGGUUAGCACUCCUCAAGAUCUGAUGAUGGAGGAGUUGUCCCUGUCCAUAAACAGGGGAUCGAGACUGUAUCAACAAAGGCAGAAGAGAGUGCAGCGUUUUGUGCUGGAGAAUCCUACAGGCCACAGAAUUGCCUCAAGCACGACAAGUGGAGGUUCACACCCAGAAUACAAUGGAGUGGAAACAACCAAAGGAUGGAAGUCUGCUCACUCCACAGAGGGCAAAGAGAACUAUCAGAAUGACAUACAUCUCAUGGAGGUUUCCGGAAAGAGAGUGCCUCCCCAAGUACCACAAAAAACAGGCAAAGUCUUGAGGAUGAGCAAAGCCCUGAACCCCAGUGCAAUUGCUCCAGGCUAUUCUGGACCACUUAAAGAAGUUCCACCAGAGAAAUUUAACCGAACUGCAAUCCCCAAAGGUUAUCGAUCUCCCUGGAGGGAAUUCUUCUGCAAUGCUGAUUACCAAAUAGAUGUAAAAAGCCAUUUGCCUGAGCCAAGAAAAGUGAAUAAUUUGGACCUUAGGAAUUUCAAUAGGUAA